UUCUUUUUUCUUUACAAAGGCCACUUCUCUAGCACUCUCUCUCAACUACAACCAUAUCCAACAAACACUUCCUAACAACCAAAACACCAGUUUCAAGAAUCACAAAAAAACAUUCACUUUACACCCACAAUUCUAGGAUGGAAGAUCCCCCUCGUAAACAGGACAAAAAAAACAACAAAAAAACAUUUCCGGUGACACUUAACGUUGGUGCCGGUGCCGGCAGUUUUGGAAUAGGUGGUGUUUUGUUGUUGGGUGGAGCUUUAGUGACUGCUACCAUUUUCUCCGCCUUUGCUUUCAAAAAAAGAAAACAACAUCGAUCAUCGUCGGAAAAUAGUGACAAGAACAUGUCACAGGAGACAAAGACUGGUGAUGGUUCACACCAUAUGAACUUGAUGAUGAAGAGUAAUAAAGAUUUUUUGGUUGACCCGGAUAUACAUAAUCCAAGUGAUGGGUUGACUAGCAUGAAGGAGAUGCAGACUGAAGAUAUUCAAGAUUUGGUUGUGAAUGAAAAGCAUGAUUAUGAAAAAGAGGAUGAUGGGCAAUUGGACUCUGGAGAUGGUAAUGAAGGCGUUAUCUGUUCGGUGGUUGGUGAAGACCAAAAAGGCACAUCGAGUUAUGUUGAUUCUGUUUUUGAAAAUGGAGAACUUGAUUGUGAAGAAGAGGUAAUUAUGGAAGCUCGGAAUGAAGAUGAUUCAAGCAAAGUUUUGCAGAGAGAUGUUGGUGGUGAAGAGCAGAGAUACUUGACGCCAAUUGAUAAUGGAAAAGGUGAACAGAUUGAAGCAAAAUCGUUAGUAUCGGAUGAGGCUAUCACACCAAUAGAAACAUAUGAAGCUAUUGAGGGUGUUGAAGUGGAAGAAUGCUUGGCUAAAGACAUUGCACAAGCACCGGAAGAAGGGAAGGAAGAAGCUAAAGAUCGAGAAACAGUAUUCAUGAAUGAGGAAGCCGCUUGUGUAAAACAGGUUAUAGUAGAUGACAACCCUCAAGUGCAGUUUACUGAAGAACAAGAAAAAGAAAAUGGUUAUGGUGAUGAUGAAAUUAUUGUAGAGAAUUUUGAUGGAGGCUUGAUUAAUGAAACAGGUAAUGCAUAUGAGAUUGUUAGUGAACUAGGAUUUAGCAAAGAGGAGGAAGAAGGAAAAGAAAAAGAAGCGGCAGCAGCAGUUAUUGCUGGUUGUGUGCGUCACGUUAAAGGUCAAAAUGACCAUCAAUUGGAAUUUGUUGAAGAUGAGAAAGAGCAAGAUCACACAACAGUAAGAGAAGAUAACCCAACUGCAAAGAAAGUCAAAGAACAGACAAACAUAGAAGAUGGAUCGGUUAAGUUUGAUGAAAGAGAACAGGGGUGUGAAAUGCCACAUGUUCAACUAAUUGAAGCAGCCAAAGUUGAUGAUCAGACCAAAGGAGAAGACAAUCCACCAACGAAUUUAACAAAUAAAGAAGAAAAAGUUGAAGUAACAAUCGAGAAGGUUACUGUAGAUGACUCGACCAAGAAAGAUGAAAUCCCACAUGUUGAAUCCGUUGAAGAAGAUGAAAACGAGGAAGAUGUUACAGUGAAGACUGAAUUAGUUUCAGAUGAAUCAAAAGACUCCUCUGUAAAGUGUAAGCAAGAGGAACCAACACCAGGUGCCCGACCAGUUGAAGGUUGCGAAAAUGAGGAAAAUGUUACAGUGAGGACUGAGGUAGUCCCAGAUGAAUUGGAAGACUCUUAUGUAAAGUCUAUGCGGGAGGAACCAACGCCAUACAUUCAAUCAGUUGAAUGCAAAAACGCCGAGGAAGAUGUUACCACCAAGACUGAGGUAGUUCCAGAUGAGAUAGAAAAAUCCUUUGUAAAGUCUAUGCAGGAGGAGCAAGCACCAGAAGCAAAGACCAGUAACCAGAACAUUGAAGAAAACACGGAGAAAAGUAGGACAAUUUUAGGCAAAGUGCAGAAUGACAGUGACCUUAAUAAUAGUGUAAAAGAAGACGAGGAUAGCAAAAGUGCAUCAAUGUCUGUUAUAGAGCUUGCUAAGGGGAGAAAAGAAGCAUUAGCAAGUGAGCCAUGGAAUCUUAAAUUGCUGACAUGGUCUCUAUUAGUAUCAAUAUGGUGCCUAUGUCAUUGGUAUACUCGGCUGCCGUUCCCUGAACUUAGUCUUGUUUGUAGCUUAUUGUUCAUUUUGAUCUUAUUAGGCUACCGGAACCACACCACAUACUUGGUCAAAUAUGCCUAGAAAUACCAUAUAUUCAGGCCUUCUAGUUUCUUAUGUAAUCUUAAAAUCGGCACUUUAAGAUUCAUACUAGUGCAGCCACUUAUAUGUAAUAAGAGAUUCGUCCAUACAAGUUAUCGAUAUAUAAUAUCCCCCGCCACAUUUUUGAGUA